AUGGCCAAGCGAUUUUCUGGAAAUGAAUGGGGCUUCGCUGGGGUCAUGGCCGUACAGGCUCUAGUCAUACUAGCCUUAGAAAUCUACAUCCUCACACAAUGGCAAAACUGGAUCACACCUAUAGUCCUACAAGUCCAGAUCUCAUACACGGUACCGAUAGACAUUGCCAUUGUGAUCUUCGCCUGCUUCUAUACGGGUGUUCUGGCCUUCGAUGCAAUCUAUUUCAAGAACAAUAUCCAACUUCUAGCGAUAUGCAUCAGCAACUGUCUGAUUCUUGCAUUCGCGGCGAUGCAGUACCGCGAAUUGCUCGAAACCUCUAUCUCCCUGCCUCAAGAGUAUGACAUGUACUAUAAGCCCCUGGUACAUAAGGAGAUGGAUUGGUGGGCUUAUGUCCAACCUGCAGAAUUAGCAGUGAAUCUUAUUCUGGGCAUUUGCAUUUUGCCUACUUGGUUCUUUGCGUAUCAGGCGCAAAAGGAGUAUAAGUGGGUUAUUUACCGCCGAAUCAAUGGUGAUACAAGUAUCAAGAUUAGAUAUCUCGCGUACGAGGUCUUCCUCGUUUUGACUAAGCUCAACUUCUUCUUCUCUGUUGGCUUUAUAAUCCAGUAUAACUUUAUCGAUGUCCACUUCGAAGAACCGGAGUAUUCGCUCACCAUGGCCUUGAUCCCGGUUGUAUUCUUCGCCAUGGUCCUUGGUAUUUUGUUCGUUCGGAAGGAGUGGAAAUGGGCAAUGAUUGGAAUAAUCAUCUGCUACCUCGCACUCAUCGCCUAUUUCCUCAGUCGAAUCAUCACCCUUUACGGGGACGGCUGGAGGGCUCGUACAGCAGGUAAAGACAAAAUGUUGCUCUUUUCAAUAACAGCAGUCGUUCUGUCGCUAUUAAGUUUGGUUUGCGCGAUUCAAUGCGUCAUCAAUUUCGGCCACGGUCUGAGGUCGGUCAUUAGUGAUAACGGAAAGGGUGAGCAGGACUCUUACCAAUUUCGCAAUAUCUCGAGUUCGACGUCGAGCGUUAAUUCGCGGUUUGGCGUUGAUUAG